CCCACAUUUCCCCAUCAAAAACAUAACGGCUCUUUUUCCUAAGCUCUCACUGCUCACACCCUCGGCGCCCUCCAUUGCUGUCCAACAACAUGCUUAAAAUUACAAGCUUCAACAUCUCAAUUCAUCCCACUUAUUAAUUUACUCACUCCACAACAAAAAUAACCGUUAAAAUUCCACAACUCAUUCUCUCUUCUCAAAUCUUCAUCUUCUUCUCCACCUUCUGUAAGUCAGUAAGUCAGAGGAGAGAGAAAAUGUCAGUUGCAUAUGCAGUCAGAACCCAUUACAGGAAACUCAUCAAGUUAGGUUCUAUUUUCCGACGAGAUUUCAACUCUUCCAAAUGCAAGACAUGGGCGCGUAUGACUAUAGCUAGAAUAAAGUUGUUGCGAAACAAGAGAGAGACGGUUGUGCGGCAGAUGAGACGAGAUGUUGCGUUGCUUCUUCAAUCGGGUCAAGAUGCCACUGCUCGUAUUCGGGUUGAACAUGUAAUAAGGGAGCAGAAUAUUAUGGCUGCAAAUGAGAUUCUCGAGCUCUUUUGUGAAAGAAUAGUUACAAGGCUUUCUAUAAUCUCAAAGCAGAGGACCUGCCCUAAUGAUCUGAAGGAAGCCAUCUCUAGUUUAAUAUUUGCAGGACCUAGAUGCUCUGACAUUCCAGAACUUCUGGCAAUACGAGACAUUUUCCAGAAGAAAUAUGGAAAAGAAUUUGUAUCAGCAGCUACUGAGCUACGUCCUGAUAGCGGUGUAAAUCGCUUGCUAAUUGAAAAGCUCUCUGCCCUCAAUCCUAAGGGGGAAGUGAAGCUCAAGGUCAUGAAGGAAAUAGCAAAGGAGUACCAGGUUGAAUGGGAUACAGCCGAGACAGAGUCAGAGCUUCUCAAGCCUCCAGAAGAGCGCAUUGAAGCACCACGGACAUUUGUCAGUGCUGGAAGUCUACCUUUGAAUCCCGGAGCAGCACCUCUCUCUUCUGAAGCUCAGAAGCCUGCAAUCAGGCUCUCAGGUGGAGGUGUUAAUGGGAUGGGCUGUAACAAUUUUCAAGAUGCAGCGUCAGCAGCAAAAGCAGCUGCAGAUUCUGCAAAGAGUGCCAUUGCUGCUGCCCAAGCUGCUGCUCAACUGGCUCAAACAGCAUCUUAUGAUUGCAGUCACAACACCGUGAAAGAUUCCUAUGCUAUCAACACAAGAAACAAUCAAUCUCCACAUGAUCAUGUGAAUCAUGAUGAUAAUUUGGGAAUCAAUGGGAGGUGCAGGUCUCAUAGUUUGGAGGCAGGAAAUAAUCGCUUUGGCAAGGCUGAUGAAGACCUGAAUGAUAUGGAUGAUACGGGGUUUAAUGUAAGACGGCAUAGCUAUAACGUUCGUGGUGCACAUACAGAUAUUAGAUUUGAUGAGUCGGACUUUGAGGAAGAUACUGACAUGGAAGAACAGCCUCCAAAUGGCAUGUCGCAACCAGCAACAAAGGUUAAUCCUGGCAAUGCUUCUUCUGUUCAUCCGAAAUUGCCAGAUUAUGAUAGCAUCCCUGCUCGUUUUGAAGCACUCAAGUACCGCAAAACAUGAAAACAAUCGCAUGUGGUCAGCUAGGCUGGUUCUAUUCGAAACAUUCGUUUUUCUUAUUGCUUCCCUUUUUGGUUACAUAGUACUUAGUAGUAUAUAGCUUUAUUAUGUGGUGUACGGAAGUGGAUUGCUAUGUUUAGUUUAUUGUAUUUUGUAGAUGAUGCGUGUUUAGUUUAUUAUACAUUCUAGAUGGUAAGUAUAUUAUCGUUUGUUUAUGAGAAUAAUAGAAAAAAUAGAUACGAAAAAAUAGAUACAUAUUUUAUUUUA